CGAAGACUUCCGAGAGAACAAAAAUGGCGCGGUGGCUAAACAUUGAAAAUGACAUGAAAACAUUAGUUUUCCAAAUUACAGGGUUUCAGGAAGGAGAAGAAAACUUUGCAUUAUGUGUUCAGUUUGCCAUGUCAAACAUCAAGUAUCAUCGCUUCCUUAGUGUGGACAGUCACAGAGUUACUAAAUCUCUAAAUGGGAUCCUUGAAAAGUUUGAGAUCCACUCCCAGCUGGAUAAAAAGGAUUGUCUACAGAGACUGUGUGACCAGUUUUUAUCCACGCCGUGUUUUGAAGGACGUGACACAGGAAAAACUGACACCCACUAUAGUUUGUUGAUGUUACUACUAAAUGUAGGAGAAAAUCCAACCCAUUCUACUUAUGCAGGGAAACCCCAAAUUCUUAAAGCACCAGAGGUAGUGGAUGACUUUGACUGGGGAGCCUACCUCAUGGAGGGAAUAGAAACUUACUCAACAAUAUACGCUGACUCCGAUUCGGAAUCAGACUUUGAGCCCCUGAGUGAUGAAGAAGAAACAGUGGUUCCAGUGAAGUCAAAAGAAAUAGAAAUCUCAGAGAAACAGGAGGUGGAUCCUAGUAUUUCCACCAUUACCUCAGACGCCUCCACGUUUUACGUGGAGGAGGAACCUGACCCCCGGGAGUCUGGGGCGGCCUGGCUGACCAGAAAUGUCACCGUCCAGUACUGGUGUGGUCAAAAUCAACCAGAGGACCCAGACAACACAGAUAACUUAAAGAGGGACUGGCAGAAGUACAGAGAAGCUACCGACCCAAUCUACAGCAAUCAAGAUAGUAUCACAAUGACAGAGAUUCAGUUACUGAGAGAAGUUUUGUGGAUACUAGCAGGUGUUACAGAUUCCUUUGUUUUUAUCCUACAUGGAGACGAAUUCAUCGUACGGGAAAAUGUUUUUGUUCAGCAUCUGACUGAUAACUCCCUGGAGAGUUACCUGUCUUGUUUUGCUCGGUAUGGCUCCUAUGUCCAGCGGUUGCUACGUUUUGAGGAGGAGUCUAUUUGUGGGUCACAUGACCUGUCCGUCACAGACAAUAAUAAGCUGACGUGUCAGACCUAUCAGGCCUUCGCCAAUGCUAUCUCCAACUUCAUCAAGAGUCUGAGGAGAGAAUUGACUCAGCUAGAGAAAAAGAUCAUCAAACAAGAGCAGACGAUGACUUUAGCCAUGCUCCAUGGAGAUUUGUCACCAUGGUUAAAAAAGAUCGAGGUGAUCUACUCUCUGUAUGUGCGGGGAAUCCUGGAAGCUGAUUGGAUGGUCAAUAAUUGUCAGAGGGCGUCACAUUUACUGAGCGGACUGUUUGAGGCAGUGGUGGAAUACGAUACCCUCGGACAGAACGCCUCAGAUGUGGUAGAGCUCCUUAUACCAUUGUGGAUACAAACAACCAAACCCUACAUAGAGGUGAUAGAUGAAUGGAUUACUAAUGGCAAUCUAGUGGACCCAAGAUCAGAGUUUAUCCUGAAAAGAAAUGAGAAUGUGAAAUCCCUUGAUGAGAGUUUUUGGGAGACCGCGUUUACUAUACAUGUACCAGAGGAUUCUACCCUCCCCAGUGAAAUCCACGAGUCCCAGCAUACGGUCACAGAAAACAGCAAACGAAGCAGGGGAGGGAAAUCUGUAGACAAGUCAACAGGUAUUGUUAUAGUCACAGAAAACAGUAAACCAAACAGGGGAGGGAAAUCUGUAGACAAGUCAAUAGGAUCCUCCCAUUGGGCCCCUGAGUUUUUGGAGCCUGUUAUUUUAGAAGUUGUCCUGGCCGGCAAGUCCAUGGAAAUGAUACAAGACCUGGGCAAGCUGGCUGAUGUAUGUGGAGUAAAAAGAGAGAAGUCCCUGUACACUUUGUUUUUGGAAUCUCUCCAAGACCUGUUAGGAACGCGGCCACAUGAUGAUUUUGUAGAAGACCCCCCUCCAGACCUGAGCAUGUAUCCAGAACAAAUCGACCGACAGAUGAGAGUAAAGGGAAUCCACGAUCCACUGUUAAAGAUUAACUACAUGAACAUCUUUCAUGCCUGUAAUGUCAGACUCCAUGGUCCAAUAGAGGAGGAAGAUAAGGACAGUCAGAUGUUGAGUGUUUUGGAGACGGAGAGGUUACAACCCAUUAACCUUGUCCUCAAGCAGUGCCUGUACCCCCACAUCACCCAGAAGUACUCCAGGGUCUGUACUCAACUUGUCCAGAUACUGAAGGAGGAGUACAAUCUGAUGGGUUACCUAGCAGCCAUGAGGCAUUUCUUUUUAAUGGAAGCUGGAGACACCAUGUUUGAUUUCUACUCACCCAUAUUUGACAAGAUCCGACUGAACACCCAUUGGAGAGACAUUUCCACUGUGAACCUAAUCCUACAGGAAGCAUUACAGGCACAUUUCCCUGAGGAGUCCAGGCGGUUGUAUGUUAGUAUUGAAGACUUACCCAAAGAUAGACGUCCUAUUAAUAUAACAGAUUGCAUCAAACUCCAUUACAAGGUUCCCUGGCCAGUAGAUGUGGUCAUCAGCUCCAAGUGUCAGGCCAUUUACAACCAGAUCUUCACCUUCCUCCUGCAGGUCAAAAGAGCCAAAUACUGCCUCGACGAGUUACGAUUCUGUGAUUUGGAAAAAGACCCUGCCCUACACAGCCACUCUGGGACGGAGUUCUCACUUCACCUGGAUGAGGACAUGCCUAGGGAGGGGAGGAUCCAUAGAAUGCACAUACUGAGAAUGAGGCUGACCUACUUUGUUAAUAGUCUCCAUAACUACAUCAUGACAAGGAUUCUACACAGCACAGGCAUUGAAUUUAAACAAGACCUGGAGAAAGCUAAAGAUCUGGAUCAGAUUAUAGCUGUCCACAAUAAAUACGUUAAUACAAUACACGAGAGAUGUCUGCUGCAUAAAAUGGUGAAGCUCCUCAAACAGGCUGUGAUGAACGUUCUGAAUCUCAUUCUGAAUUUCCAGGCUCUCUGGGAUGAAGGCAUUCAGGAAAUAAGCUUGAAGACCAUUGAAGGAAUGGAAAUAGAGUUUUCUAGGUGUAUUCUGUUCCUUUCCACAUUUCUUAACAAUGUCAUCAAAAGGGGAUCUUUUCCACACUUGGAAUCUCUUGCAUUUGCUUUAGUGACAUCAACAGAACAUUUAACAAAGGGACGAGCACACGUGACGUGAUGUCUGAGAGUGACUGAUCCUGUGUUUUAACAGCAAUCUCUCCAGAGACUUUCAGGGAUGAUGUUCUCAGUUUUUUUUCAUGUUUCAGAAAUAUCUGUGAUAUUUAUAAAAAUGAAAUUUUUAUACUUGAUGAAUAAAUUAAUUUGUUGAAUCA